GAAUUAAUGUUUUAAGUAUAAUUCCCUAGACUUGAAUAUUAAGUGAUUAAUCUGACUUAACAUUUUAUACAGUUGAGGCUUUACGUCAGAUUAAUCUGGUAGGUAUAUCUGUAGGUAUGUUUGUGCACGCGCGUUGUGUUCGCUCCUAAUAGGUUGUUCAAACUAUUACAUUUUGUAAUGUUUAUUGAGUUGGUACUUGUAACAACCAGUUUGCGAACCGAUUAAAUAAAAUAAGUGAAGAAAAUAUCAUGAGGAAACCUGCGAAUGGACAAUGUUAGACAUGUCAAUCGAUAAAUAGACCGAACGUUGCACACUGGUACUUGCAUUCUCAAUAUACCUAAUUAUAAAUAUAUAGGACAAUUUAAUAUGUUUUCUUUCAAACGUAAAUUUGUAGGAUUAAGUAGUACCCUUAAAGUAUUCCGAGUAAUAUGAUGUUUAAGUUGUCUAUCGGAUGCCGCGGGAAGACAAAGGCGGCGUCGUACGAAGCGGACAAAGAGGCCUCGCUGCGUGGCUCAGUACGUACUCGGUCAAUACGGCAUGAAUGGUCGGGGGCGGGCGAUCGAUGGGCGGGCGGCGGGGUGGCGAGCGGGCGGCGGGUGGCUCAGUCGCGGACGGCGCGCCGCGCGACGCUGAUGUGGACGCUCGCGCCGCGCUCGUGCCGAGUAUCGACCGCGCGCCCCCGCGCCGCCGCCGGCCGCCAGCCGCACCGCCACCGCUAGAGCGCUGUGAAGUCGUGCGCGAGCGCAAUGGAGGGCGGCGCGGGCGUGGGCAGCGUAGCGUCGCUGACGAUGGACUGCGAGGACAUGUUCAAGGAGAUCACCAAGAAGCUAUACGGCGAGGAGGCGAGCGUGGGCGUGGUCGGCGUGGAGUUCCCGGCGGCCGAGCGCGACUUGGACGACGACCUGCGCCCCGAGGAGCACAUCACUGCCUGGGGACUCGCCGCGCUCAUGCAGAACGGCUUCCCGCCGCCCGGCAUUCUUCAGGCUAACUUCACGCCGCGCAUCGACCCGACGGCGGAGGACCGGUGGACGGCGGCGGAGGAGCCGCUGGCGUGGGCGCACUCGCGCAUCGCGGCCUACAACCCCGCGCAGCGCCUGUUCAAGUGCGCCGACUGUGAGUGCGUGGGCUUCCUGGCGCGCCUCGCAGAGCACUGGCUAGGCACGCACUCGCAGGCGCGUGCAUUUCAAUGUCCGGUACCGGGUUGCGGGUUCGCAUCGGGCUGGGCGCGCGGCGUGCGGCAGCACCUGGCGCGCGACCACCACUCUGACCCCGCCGCCGCCGACCAUCUGCUGCGCGACAACCCCGCGCUCGACGACCUCACGCGAUAUCUGCAGCGCCUUAAGAACAAGGUGGAUGCUGCUCGAAACGAAAGACGCAACAGCAACGGCGGCAACACCGAGAGUGUGCAAACCCAAGCGGAGGCUGCGAGUGCUGUAGUGAGCGCCAACACAGCGGUGGCGGGCGGCGCGGGUGAGGCGGGCAAACGUUACGCGUGCGGCUCGUGUCCGUACGCCACCGAUCGCCGCGACCUGUUCACUCGUCACGAGAACAUCCACCGCGACGAAAAGCCCUUUCACUGCUAUCUCUGCCAGAAGCAGUUUAACCGCGCCGAUCACGUCAAGAAGCAUUUCCUGCGCAUGCACCGCGACCAGCCAUACGACUUGAACCGCAUUCGGCGCGCGCCGCCCAAGCCCCAACCGGCCACGGCGGCGCCCGCGCCCCCGCUGCACUACUACAGCAAACCGGCGGGCGAACCUCCGCCCCCGGCGCCGGUGGUAGCCGCGGUGGCGAGCGUCGCUCCGCUGGAGUACCGGCCGGCGCCCGCCCCGCCACCCGCGCCCGCCCCCGCGCCGCCUGUCAAGAUGGAGCGCGCGCCGCUCGGCAAGGCUGAGACGUCGGAGCCGGUGUCCGCGCCGCACAAGGCCUCCGGAGCCGGCCUGGUGCCACCCGCGGCUGCGCCGGGCACCGCCGCUGGUGUCAGACGCAAGGGCGAGCGUCGCUAUGCGUGCUGCUACUGCUCGUGGUCGGGCGUGGACAACUGGUGUCUGAAGCGGCACCUCAACACGCACUUGAAGCCGUUCGCGUGCGCACUGUGCGAGUACAAGGCGGCGCGCGCGGAGAGGCUCGCUACGCAUGUGCACAAGGUGCACAACAAGAAAGCUUGCGCCAAGUGCCCCUACCUCGCCGACGACCAGCUGCAGCUUCAGCACCAUCUGCGGGACGCACACCACAUUGAGAGCCGUAACCUUAAGGUGCCAUCGAGCGUGGGUCGCACUACCAGCAUUGCAUUUACGAGCGCAGCAGGGCCCGGUGUGGGCGCUGGCGCCGGCAGCACGGUGGCGGUAACGGCGGUGGCGGGAGGCGGCGGUGUCGAAGGGAAUGCGGGCGCGGUUAGCGGUGCGGCGCGGCGUCGCGAACAGCGGGCGGCCGGCGCGGCGCGGCUGUUCGGCUACCUGGAGGCGUCGGACGGCUCGGGCGACGAGUACGAGGGCGCGACACUGGGCGCGGAGUUCGCCCCCGCCGCGCCCCCGCAGCCCUCCGCCGCAGCCCAGCACUACACCAGAGACAAGGAAAAUGCCGCGCCACUACACCAUUCUGUGCACCAUGACCAUUGUCUACGCUACUGAGUCAUUUACUCUCACUAGUCUCAUAAAACAUCUGAAUCUUAUUCGACUAUCGUCUUCGCCAUAAGCUGAAGAUAAUAUGAUUUAAGAACUGACUGAUGUUGUUUUAUAUAGUGGGUUUACGUAAACAGUGAUAUCCAGUAAAAUCAAUCUAUCUGCAGUACCUAUGAUGCCAUGAUUAAGUAGAACACUGUCAUUUUUCGUCGGAGUGAGGCAACGAGAUACGACGCGAUACCGGGCAUUUCGGGAUGUUACGUCGUACUAAAGUUGCGAGUGUAAAAAAUUAUAUGUACAAAUUAAAUUGCAUUCAUCAAAUCAAUUUUAUAUAUACCUGCUUCUAUCAUUUUAAAUUUGUUAGGUACAACAUUCGUGGUUUAAGUAACAACCUGUCAUGGCCGCAUGGAAGUUGGUGAAGUUUGGUUUCGAACUCUGUGUUAUUAUUUUUCUUUGUAACUCCUUCAAACAUCACGUAUUGAUCUAUAAUUUGAUUUAGGUACGUAAGUACCUACUAUAUUAGUUUAUGUCGUAAGUUAGUGUACAUAGAACGAAUUAUAAUCUUAAUGAAUAAUAAAGUAUGACAUUGUUAUAAUAAUUCCUUGUUUACGAAUGAGUUUAGAAAUAUACGCAAUAUUUGGAAAGCCUUCGUUCA